AUGAGGAGAAUCUUAGAAUUAGAAACUACUGGGAAAUUGGUAAUUGUUGGUAGAGAGUUGGAAGUAUCAGUAACUACUGGAGAAUUAAUAGUUAUUGAUAAUGUAGAAUUGAUAACUGCUGCUGGUGUUAGAGAAUUGGUAAUGACUGCUGGAGAAUUAUUAUCAACUUCUGGGUCUGGAAUUAAACGUUCACUUUUAGGUACCAUUGGUACCAUCGGAUCAAAUUGA